UGCUAUUUUUAUUUUGUUAACUUCUCUCUCUUGUCGAUGAACAGGGCAAACAGAAUACUUGUCUGUACCGUUCUAGUCAUUUUGGCAAAAAUAUGUAUCACCUCAGCUACCUGUUCUGAUACGGUCAUGUCUCAGAUGCAAAAUAUAUUUGUCCAAAAUUUCACUCAGAAUCGUGCACUAGCUCCAUUAUGUCUUAGAGGUGCUUUUCAUGACUGUUGGAAUGGCUGCAACGGAGCAUUAUUGCUACCAGAAGAAAUAAGUAGAAGUGAAAAUGUCGGCUUGGAACCCUUGAAAACUUAUUUGGAUCCAUUUCUCAAUCAGUUUACUUGUGUCAGUGUGGCUGACCUGAUCAAUUCGUGUGCUGUUACUGCAGUCAAGUUUCUAGGUGGUCCAGAUGUCCCAGUUACUUUUGGCAGAGUAGAUACUGGAGUUCCUGACCCCAAUGGACUUCUUCCUGCUGGCACAUUGAGCGUACAAGAACUCAUUUCUGCUUUUGAACCUAUUGGGUUUGACUCGACGGAAAUUGUUACUCUUUCUGGUGCUCAUUGUGUGGGUGUAUGUGAAGGUCAACCAUUUUGUCCUGGACAAAAUACAACUUUUGGUAAUCAUUAUUACGUCCAACUUCUCAAUGGAGAAUUCGAAGGAAAGUUACAAACCGAUAUGGACUUGCUUCAAGAUAGUACCAUGAAAAGUGUCGUGCAACAGUACGCAGCAGACCAACAACAGUUCUUUGAUGACUUUGCGAAGACCCUUGGAAAAUACAUAUCCAGAAUUCAAUGCAAUCAAACGUCAAAUGGACCAUGUCCUUUGGAUAGUAGCAGUACAAGUUCACAACCUUCAACAAACAACAAUAGUCCUCAGCAACCAUCAGAAUCGGCUCCUACCUCUACUGCUAGCAGCAACCCCGAAGAAUUUCCUCCCUUUGGACUACCUAACUUUGAUGGUCCCACUUCCUUAUCUUCGCAAGGCCAAAGUAGCAACCCAUCAUCUGGUGCAAGUUCAGGAAAUUUCUUUCCCGUCUUCAUUUAAGAUGCUUUUCUAGCAGUUUGUCCAAACUUCCAAAGAGAUUGUUUCAGGACAUGAUUAUAUCCAUGUUGUUCUGCAUAUAUUUUCACGAAGUAAAGCUAGCAUAACACAAUGUUAUUCUUUCUGUCUCUUUGGUGAUCAUUCAAGUUGAAUGGAUUCU